UCCGCAGUUAAAAUUUCAGAAGAAGCUCGAUCGAACUCCCCCACAUCGCCUCUCUCUCUCUCUCUCUCUAUCUCUACGCGUUCAAUCAUUUCAUUCGUUUCGCCUUCCUUCUGUCGGUGCUGCUCUCUACCUGUUCGACAAAAUCCAUUGCAGAAGAGAGAGAAAGAAGAGAGAGAAAGAAGAGGGGGCCUCGCUUCCGCAUUCUCUCUUCGCUCUCGCGCUUCCCGUCCGAAGCUUCUCGCGCUUUCCCCGGUCGGCCCGCGGCUGCUUCCCCCUUUUCCGUUGAUCCGGAGGGGAGAUCGGCUCGAUCCGGCCGUCGGAUCGGCGGAGGAGGAGAUGUCUCCUUCCAACGGCGUCCCCGGCGGCGGCGGAGCCGGAGCUACCAACGGCCGCAACUACCUGGAGCACGAGGUGACGAAGAUGGACACCCUCGCCGGGGUCGCCAUCAAGUACGGCGUCGAGGUCGCAGAUAUAAAAAGGAUGAAUGGGUUAGCCACUGAUCUUCAAAUGUUUGCUAUGAAGACGUUGCGGAUACCGUUACCAGGAAGACAUCCACCUUCCGCCAUCCCGUCUGAUGACUCUGGUUCUUCAAGAGAGAAUGGGUGCAAAAAUAGUCACUCACAUCGAACCACCUCUAAUAUCUUGGACUCCUUAGAGUCUCUAAGAUUGAAACCACCUCUAAAGGUCUCUCCGGCAAUGAACACCUUGCAAAAUUACUACGGCCUUGAUUUACGGAAUAAAAGAAGUGUAGAAGGCAUGGAAAUGACUGUUUAUAGAACAGGAACCCCUUACAUCUUUGACAAUGGAUUGCCUCCUAAAGCCUCAACUUUUCCUGAGUCAUCUUACAAGACUCGAAGUUUAGGUUUUUCCCAAGAUGGAGUUGCAGACUAUGGACCUCUUACAGAUUCUGGGGAUGACGAGGGAGAGAAAUCUAGUGAAAAGUCUGUCCGGAGGCGUCAAAAGGCGGAACCGGAUUUAGGGGUCGGGACUCCAGAAAAGUUGUUGAAAGAAGAAAACAGUGGUGGAAGACGUAGCAGUUUCUCCACAAUAACAGGAAAGGGUUUGGCAUUGAGACCAAAAUCAGCCAGUCGAACAUCGCUGACUGGUGAUGUGGAGUCAAGCUUGUCGAAUGCUAUCCCUCUUGGUAUUGGGGAUUCUGUAAUGGUCGAUGAACCUGUUGGAGUACGGAAGGCCUCAAGCUUAUCUAGCCUCCAGGAUCAGGAUGGCCGUAGGUCCUCAUCCAUUUGGUCAACUUCCAACUGGAACUUGAAAUCAGACUUGCAAGUACUCUCAGCUGCGUCCAUCACCGGACCACUUUUGGAGGGCCUCCCACUAGCGAUGUCUGGCCGUAGGAACAAAGCAGCUCUUGAUUAGCCGUAAAAGCUCGCACAUAUACGUCAUUUAUUUAUUUGGAUUUCGAUUUAAUGGAACAAGUUGCCAACGUUACGCCACAUUCAUAUGUUACCGCCCUGAAAUGUACAUUGAGGGGAAGAACGAAGGAAAACCCCGGUGAGGUAUAGGAUAUAGAUCAUUGUGCCAACUCCACGAGAGGGUCGAUCGGUCAACAGCCUGAAAUGGGCAGGCUAUCGUACCGCUAUUCUAUUCUUGUAUUUCCUAAUAUUUGUAAUCUCUGUGUCAUCCAAAUUGAUUGAAUUUGUAAGUACUGCAAUCGCAAUAAUCUGUGGUCGACUAUGCAUUAAUGAAGAAUGUAUCACCAUUUGUUAC